AUGUACUAUAAAGGAGGAGGAGGAGGAGGAAACUUUGCUUCUCCAUCCUUGCCAGUUUCCAGGAGCAAAAUCAACCCCGACGGCCGAGUGGAUGGAGUCCGAGAGAAGAGCGACCCCCACAUCAAAUUGCUACUUCAAGCUGAGGAGAGAGGUGUGGUAUCAAUCAAAGGUGUAUGUGCCAACCGCUUCCUUGCUAUGAGUGAAGAUGGCAGAUUGUUAGCACUGAAAUACAUAACAGACGAAUGCUUCUUUUUUGAACGCUUGGAGUCUAAUAACUACAAUACAUAUCGCUCUCGCAAAUAUAGUGAUUGGUAUGUUGCACUGAAACGAACUGGUCAAUAUAAACCCGGACCAAAAACUGGACGAGGCCAGAAGGCUAUUCUUUUUCUUCCCAUGUCUGCCAAGAGUUGAUUCCAGUG